UGCACAGCGGGAGAGUUACUGAAAAUAAAACACCUCAGUACAUAGAUAACUCUGAAAGAGCGACAUCGCAUUCACAUCAGUUACACUGUGAAGUUCAUUAUGUUUGCUUUUGUAUAAGGACAGAGCUGUUUCGCAUUUCUUAGAGAACACAGAAAUAAUGGAUACAAGAAUGGAAGAAGGUUUCACCAAGGAGAGAACCAGAAGACCCGUUAGAAAUAAGCGUUUCAACAGGAAGGUUUUUGGAGAAGAAAAGAGACCUCCGAAGAGAUUAUUCACACCCGAAAUCAAGAGGUACUUGAAAGACUGGCUAGUAAGAAGAAGAGAUAACCCCUACCCUAACAGAGAAGAGAAGAAGACAUUGGCUGUACAAACAGGCUUAACCUAUAUUCAGGUUUGCAACUGGUUCGCAAAUUGGAGAAGAAAACUCAAAAAUUCUGGAAAAGAACCCCAAUGCAAAACGUGGGGAGAUCUCAUCAAAACCUACAAUAACCAAGUCCAUGGCAACAUAGAACAUUUCAGUAUUGGCUCAGACGACAGUAUUUGGUACGAAACAGAUUCAGAAGAUUAUUCCGAGCAAAAACCCAACGUUGAACAAAGCAGUUACAACAACAACAAUGACCAAUGCUUCCUUGUCAGCUCAACCACGGGAACCACAUUGGAUUUCGGCCCUUUUGUACAACCUACUAACAAAUACAAGAGUCAUAUAAUGGAAAAGUAUCUUAGGGACUGCCAGCAAACCGUUAAAGAAGAAGAAUCGGAAAAUGAUAACUCUUCACCUUCUGUGAUAUCAAAAUGGCUAGAAAGUGCCGCCAAUUUUAAACCUAAUGAGAACAGUUACCUUGACGUGAAAUUGUUUCAAACGCAGAGGAAAAAAGUUUCUAAACCAAGCUUGAGAGAAGAUAUGGAAAGGUUAAAAAUACAUGGAAAGGAAGAAUUGGAUGCAGCUGAAGCACUAACGACUUUAGCAAAUUCUAGUAGAAAUAAAACUCAGUAGUAA